UAAAACGCAGGGGGUCCGAGGCAACGCCACGACUCGUUCCCGGACCGUCAAGAAACCAACAAUGGCAUUCAAGCUUGUCCUCCUCGCCGCCUUCGUGGCCGCCGCCCAGGCCGGCGUCCUGGCCCCCGCCCCCCUGGCCUACUCGGCUGGCAUCGCGCACGCCCCUCUGGGCUACGCCGCCGCCCCCGUGGCCUACUCCGCCCCCGCCUACGCCCACGCCGCCCCCCUCGCCUACUCCGCCCCCGUCGUCAAGAGCAUCGCCGCCCCCGUCGCCUACGCCGCUGCCCCCGCCCCCGUCCUGGCCAAGACCGUCGUCGACACCGACUUCGACCCCAACCCUAGCUACAGCUACGCCUACGAUGUGCAGGACGCCCUCACCGGCGACUCCAAGAACCAGCACGAGUCCCGCCAGGGUGAUGUCGUCCAGGGCCAGUACUCCCUGAACGAGGCUGACGGCACCCGCCGCAUCGUCGACUACACCGCCGACCCCGUCAACGGCUUCAACGCCGUCGUCCGCAAGGAGCCCCUCGUCCACGCCGCCCCCGUCGUCGCCAAGGUCGCCGCCCCCGUCGCCUACGCCGCCGCCCCCGUCGUCAAGAGCAUCGCCGCCCCCGUUGCCUACGCCGCCCCCGCCGUGCACGCCGCCCCCGUGGCCUACGCCGCCGCCCCCGUCGUCAAGAGCAUCGCCGCCCCCGUGGCCUACGCCGCUGCCCCCGCCUACGCCCACGCCGCGUACGCCGCCCCCGCCUACUACCACUAAGGAGUGACCACUGGUCCGGGACCCACACCACCAUCCGUGGGAACCACAAAAAUAUAGCAAAAUACAAAACAUAAUUUAUU